GCCGCGAUUGACGAGCCAGUCGGUCGGCCUACUCAGCCGACCUCGCUCGAUUCAUUCGGCUUAUUCGGUAUAUCAUUCACUAGCUGCGCGUUGCCAGCGGCAAACGCGACAUCAAUCACUACGUUAUGACCCUGUGACGUAAUAGAAUGAGUAAAGCCGAUACAUCGGCGGAAGCCGCCUUGCCAAGCGUGGCGAUCCACGUGGAUCGUUAUGAAGAUCUAAACCAGGAGCGUUCGAAGUUGCUUGAUCCUAAUUCACCAGUGCCGAUUGUAACGCCCUCUGGACAAAUUCGCAAAGUGAAGAGUUUUACCGAUACACACAAAAUUCGAGAUGUUCACGCCGCUUCUGGUGCAGCUUCUGCACGCAGUCUACGCCCCUAUGACCAAGUGGCCGUGUACCCAGACGGUUCUGAUAGUGGUACUAACCAGUAUGCUCCUUCUGUGCGUUCUUUAGCUUCAAUAGGAAUGGGUUGUACUGAUGGUCGAAAAAUGGUUAUCAGAAGAGUUCCAACAUCGCCUACGGAACUUUUUCAUCUAGUGCGUCCUCCUACACCACCAGAUGAAGAUACCGCGUCACAUGAAAGUGAUUGUGGUGAAGAGGAAGAAGACGCUGAAACCGUUCAUUUAAAACCAAGGAGACCGUUUUGGGCCAACAAAAUACAGUUCGUUUUGGCCUGUGUUGGCUACUCGGUUGGCCUUGGCAAUGUUUGGCGGUUUCCUUAUCUUUGCUACAAAAGCGGAGGAGGAGUCUUUUUGAUACCUUAUUUUAUAAUACUCAUAGUAUGUGGCGUACCGAUGCUUUUCAUGGAACUUGCUAUUGGCCAGUACACUGCUCAUGGUCCCAUCGGCGCACUCUCACAAAUAUGUCCAUUAUUCAAAGGUGCUGGCUUAGCAAGCGUGGUGAUCUCUUUUUUUAUGUCCACGUAUUAUGCAGUAAUUAUUGCAUGGGCAAUUUAUUACUUUUUUACAUCAUUUAAAUCUGAAGUUCCAUGGGCUAGUUGUUCAAAUCGAUGGAAUACACCCCAAUGUUGGGUUCCAAAUCAUAACAUAACCAAGCCAAACGGUUCUCAAACCCCAACGGAACAAUUUUUUGAGAAGAAAGUUUUGAGCAUGAGUGACGGUAUUGAAUAUCCUGGUGGCAUGCGGUGGGAGUUGGCAGCUUGUUUAGUAUGUGCUUGGGUCCUUGUUUACUUUGCCCUAUGGAAAAGCAUAAAAUCAUCAGCGAAAGUUCGAUACAUUACAACAACAUUACCAUUCCUACUAAUAAUAGUAUUCCUUGGUCGGUCAUUAACUCUCGAAGGAGCUGAUAAAGGAUUAAGAUACUUCUUUAAACCAGACUGGAAGUUGUUAAAACAAUCGAAGCCAUGGGUUAAUGCCGCAUCACAAAUUUUCAACUCUAUUGGAAUUGCUUUCGGAUCGAUGAUAAUGUUUGCCUCAUAUAACCGUUUUGAUAACAACUUUUUACAUGACACAUUAGCUGUAUCUUUGGUGAAUGCGGUUACCAGUCUCAUCGUUGGGAUAUUUACAUUCGCUACAAUCGGGAACAUUGCUUUCGAACAGAAUACACCUGUAAACGUUGUUAUUGCUGAUAGUCCAGGAUUACUGUUUGUCGUAUAUCCUCAAGCCAUUGCAAAAAUGCCAGCAUCACAAUUAUGGGCUGUAUUAUUCUUCUUCAUGUUUCUCUGCUUAGGCCUUAACAGUCAGUUUGCGAUAGUGGAAGUUGUAGUAACUUCUAUACAAGACGGAUUUCCCGACAUGAUACGAAGGCGACUAGUUUACCAUGAACUAUUGGUGUUGUGUGUUUGCGCCGUUUCUCUAGUCUUUGGAUUGCCUCAUAUUAUACAUAGCGGCAUAUACAUAUUCCAACUAAUGGACUUUUAUGCUGCUUCACUCAGUAUAACAUACCUCGCAUUCUUCGAAGUAGUUGCCAUAGCCUGGUUCUACGGUGUUGAUAGACUAUCUCGAAACAUCAAACAAAUGACUGGUCAGCGACCGUCAUUGUACUUUCGAUUCUGCUGGCUUAUAGCCGCACCAGCCUUACUCUUGGCUUUAUGGGUGGCCAGUCUGGUGGACUACACGCCUCCUACUUAUCGUCAAUACCAGUACCCAACUUGGGCUCAAGUGCUCGGCUGGUUUAUUGCCUCAGUGUCCCUACUGUGUAUACCUGUAUAUGCGAUAGCAGUUAUCAUCAGAGCACCUGGAAAUAGCUUUAGAGAAAAAUUCCGCAAUUCAAUUCGACCAACGUCUUUGUGCGACUGCGGUGUUACUGGUUGUGAUUUAUGCUGCUCAGACUCUGAACCUCCUGACGACAAGGCAACAAUCAACUAGUCCUCGACUAAGUUCAAUAUAGAUACUGAAGACAAUAAGUAAUGUUAUGACUUUAACUAUAUAUUGUGUAGUGUACGCCUGAGUAUUUUAAAGAGCUACCAAAAAUAAAUAAAACAAAAAUUUGAUAAAGUAAGAUUGUAAUUAUCACUAUCAUUUUUAUCAACAAAUGUGCUCGACGGCCUGACCUCAAACUACAUAAUAUGUAGAUAUGAUUUUGUAAUAGUGGUGUACGUUUCAACACUCAAAGGCGAAGGGUAAGUAUGUACUUCAGUUGAGUUUUAAAAGAUCUGUUGAUUGCUAUAAUAUAAAUGAGUGGCUAGUUUGUAUUCCAUUAUAUUUUUUUAUUUAUGCGAUUUUUAAAUUAACGCAUUCAAUAUAAAUAUUGAAAUGCAAAUGUAACUUAAAUAACAACCAUUUUAAUUUUUACUUAUAUUAAUUAAAGCAAUAUUACCUCCUUUUGAUUCCUCUACAUGUCUUGGUUGUUAAUAUGAAUUAACUAAUAAUAGUGAUGAACAUUCCAUGAUUAUAAUAUUAAAAAUAACUUGUUUUCUCAUAUUGUUACAGUCAUUUUUCAAUAAAUAUGAUUUAAAUAUGGUGAUAAAUUAUUCGUGUGCUAUUGGCUAAGUCAACCUAAAGAGCUGGUUCUCUACUCCUAAGUGUACGAUAUAUUACCUACUUAUAUAAACAGCUCUACUUAUAACAAGACCCUGUAGCUUUCUUUUAUUAUUUAAUAAAAAUGUGGACUUAUAAUGUGUAGUAUCUAAAAUUAUACUUGCAUACCUACUUUCCUUAAAUAAAUGUAAUAAUCAUACUUAAUUUUUUUAACUUCAAUUUAUUUCAGCUUUCAGAUAAUUAUAAUUACAUAUUUAUUUAUUGCAUUACUUA